AGUUGGAUAACCUUAUACAGUAAAACCGGUUGCAAUAUUGAAAAACGUUGUGUUAAAAUAUGUUUCUAGUUUUAAUUUGAUAUGUUCGCCAACUACACAUCGGAUAAAUUGGUUGCCUAAUUAAAAAUAAAAGAUUUUAAUUUAAAAAAUGUCGAUAAAAUCGCGACCUACAUACUCUACAUAGUAGAUUAUUGUCACAAAUGACAUUUAUAGGUUAAGUAUAAUUAAAAGAUCUUUAAUAUUUUGUAAAAAAAAUAGCGGUGAACUUCAUUUCUUGAAUAUAUGGUAUAAAGUUUACAUAAAAGGACCGGUCCCAAAAUGACGACGAAUUUAGCAAGAACAUUUUUAAAAUCUUGCGUGAAAUCAAUAGUUGUGAGAAACCAACAAAUUCGAUCGAAUUCAACGUUUAAAUCUGCAGUUAUAAAACAGAUGAAGUAUCCAUUUACUAUUGAGGAAACGCGACAGCGUAAAUUAGAUAAAAGUGAGGUUAGAAUACAAGUAAAAUAUUGCACUUUAAACUCUACGGAUGUUGAGAAUUUUCGAACGGAGUUUAGAGAAGAGCCUUUUACACCUGGUUAUGAGUUAUCUGGUAAAGUAGUUGAGGUUGGAAAAAAUGUUGCUAAAGACCAGAUCAUGGUUGGAGAACAAGUAGCUGCAUUAUCUUUUAAAAAUUAUGGUGGAUAUGCUGAUGAAUGUAUUGUGGAUGUAUCUGAUUGCUUUAGAUUACCAGCUAAUGUUAAUCUUAAAGAUGCUCCAAUUUUUCUUUGUGGGCAUUCAUCGGCUGUUUAUGCAUUUUCUAAAUUAAGACUACUGAAAGAAAAUGAAAUGGUCUUAAUUUCUGCUGGUACAGCCGGAUUUGGAUUAGCUGCUAUUGAUGUUGCUACUCAUAUGUAUAAAGCAAAGGUAAUUGCUGUUACUGAUUCAGAGAAAAGAAAUGAUUUUGUUCGAGAAGAAGGAGCAUUUGGAACUGUCACAUUUUCACCAAGUGUAAAAAGGCAAAUAAUGGAAUUAACAAAGCAAAAAGGGGCCGAUAUUAUUUAUGAUGCGGUUGGUGCUCACAUGUUUAGCAUUUUGGGUCAAUGUGUUGCUAGAAAUGGAGUAAUUUUCCAUGCAGCUCCAAUAAUUUGCAGCGAAAUUCCAAUUCCCCCACCAAACAUAUUUGUGGCAAUGAUUUGCAUGAAAACUUUAAGAACCCAAGAUCCCGCUUUAUACAAAACUUUAAUUAAUGAUACUUUAGAAUUGGCUCAUGAAGGAGUUUUUACUCCUCAUAUUGCAAGUACGUUUCCUUUAGAAAAAAUAAAUGAUGCUAUUAAAUUUAUAGAUGAGGGUAAACAUAUUAGUAAAGUACUUAUUGAAAUGAACACUUAGGAUUUAUUUAUUAAUUAAGAUUAAAACCUUUAUAUACUUUUUUCUUUUUAUUAGUCUUGUCAAACAUUAUAUUAAUGUGUGAUUGUAAAUAAAUAUUUAUAUGAUGGUAAGAUAAAUAUAACAUGAAAUCUAUGAGGCAAAA